UCACCUGAUCAAGAAAGCAAGCGAGCCUAAAUAGAUCAAAUGCGUGUUUUCCGAGAUUUGUAGCUGUUGUUUACGUUUCCGUCCAUUAUGAAGAAGUUUUUAUUUGGCUUGUGUAGAGAACGCAAUCCGUUUUUAAAAAGUAUAAUAUGAAUGCAUUGACAAAUAUACGUGUAAAGGAGACACCGUUUCUGAUCAGAUCACGAUAGUUGCUACAGUCUCAAACCAGUGCACUUUCAGCAUGGAAGUGACACAGCAUAACAUUGAAUUGCUACUGCUGUUUUCGGUAUUGUUUUCAACAUAUCCGAAUGUUUCCGCAACUUCCUUCGUGAUCACAGUGGACGCAAAAACUCCACUGAGGGAUCUGAAACAUUUUUGGAGGAGCACAGGGUUUUGCCCUCCUCUUCCUCACACGCGUGCAGACCAGUAUGACCUGAGCAGGGACGAGCAGCUGAACAUGGCCUAUGUGGGUUCGGUUCCCCACGGGGGACUCGAGCAGGUUCGGAUCCACUGGCUGCUGGAGCUCCUCACAGCUCGAGUUGUAAAUGGAGUACCCCAUUACAACUUUACAAAGUUGGACCAACUGAUAGAUCUCCUGUGGCAAAACGGACUUAGACCAGGUUUUGAGCUGAUGGGCAGUGUGUCCAACUACUUCACUGACUUUGAAGAUAAGCAGCAAGUGGUGGAGUGGAGAAAGCUGGUUUGUCUUACUGCAAAGAGAUAUAUCGAGAAAUACGGCCUCGGGUAUGUCUCUCAGUGGAACUUUGAAACCUGGAAUGAACCGAACAAUCAUGACUUUGACAACGUGACCAUGUCAAUUCAAGGGUUCUUAAAUUAUUACGAUGCCUGUUCUGAGGGGCUACGGGACGCCAGCCCCGCGUUGCGUUUUGGGGGCCCAGGGGACUCCUGCCACACGCCCCCCCAUUCCCCAUACUGCUGGGCCAUGCUGGAGCACUGCCACAAUGGCACCAACUUCUUCACCGGGGAGACGGGCGUGCGGCUCGACUACAUCGCCCUCCACAAGAAGGGAGGUGGCGGGUCCCUUCCCAUCAUGCUGCAGGAAAUUGAGACGGUUCGGGAGAUCCAGGAGCGCUUCCCCCGCUUCCGAUCCACACCGGUGUUCAACGACGAGGCGGACCCGCUGGUGGGCUGGUCCAGGCCCCAGACCUGGAGGGCGGACGUGACGUACGCAGCCAUGGUGCUGAAGGUGAUCUCCCAGCAUCAGAACCAGCUCAUGGCUGACGCUAACAGCACCAUAAACUACGCCCUGCUGAGCAACGACAACGCCUUCCUCAGCUACCACCCGCACCAGUUCACCCAGCGCACCCUGACCGCACGUUUCCAGGUCAACAACACCCGCCCGCCGCACGUCCAGCUGCUGCGGAAGCCCGUCCUGACUGCGUUUGGGCUCCUGGCGCUGCUAGGAGAAAGGCAGGUGUUUGCGCAGGUUUCAGCGGGGGGGAACUUGGAGGAUGACACGGUGGGUGUCCUGGCCAGCGUCCAUGAGCCCCUGGUCCCUGGGACCUCAGACAGCUGGCAGGCCACAGCACUGAUCUACAGCAGCAUGGACAACCGAACCUCAGCCUCUACCAACGAUGUCACCGUCCAGCUCAAUGGCUUCUCCAGUCAGAAGGGCCUGGUGUAUGUCACGUACUACCUGGACAACAACGCCACCAGCCCCUAUCAGCUGUGGGAGAGCUUUGGAAGCCCAGACUUCCCCACAGCAGAGCAGUUCAGGGAGCUGAGGAGGCAGGAGGAUGCCCGGGUGGCUGGACCUUUGCCCUUCCCGUCUGAAGGCACGCUGUCGCUGAAGGUGGUGCUUCCGGUGCCUUCCAUCCUCCUGGUGCACGUGUGUGCGCUGGCUGCUGCUCAGCCCGACCAGGUAAAUGGUUUGAACUUCAUUGCCGUCACCCAAGGCCAAGUUCUGAUAACGUGGAGCGAUCAUUGCGUUAAUUCCAAAUGUAUAAUAACCUAUGAAGUAGAAUUUUCCAAUGGCCAGAACAUGUUCCAAAGGAUAAAUUCUCAAGAUACCAUUUUUACAUCGUAUGUGUUUAGCCCAGAAAACUUGGACGUUUGUGGGUUCUACAGAGUUCGAGCUGUGGAUUACUGGGGAAGAUCUGGAGAAUAUUCUCAGAUUAAAAAGUACUCUGAAGAGUGCUGAUCAGUUCGGUACUAAUUACAGACUUCGGUGCUGAAAGGUACUCGUAUUGUGUAAAUAUACAUAUUUUUAUUUUAAACUUCUGGGUGUUAUGCCAGAAGUGCCCCAGGGAAUUCCAUUGCAAUACUGAAAUUUUAUAACGAGUGGCAAAUCGCUUGUGUGUACGUGCAACCAAAUUGCUCUCCUGAGUUCAAUUUUCAAAGAUGCAUUUAUAAAUGUUCGGAGAACAACACUAGGAACCUUUAAAAACUUUUAUAAUUUUCUAAAAUUAAAAACUAUUCUCAGAAUCUCUA